GGGUCCCGGGCCGGUGCCGGUGUCGGCGAUGCGGCGGCUCCUGGCGCCGCUGCUGCUGCUGCUGCUGAGCCCGGUGCCAGGGUGGGGCGGGGGGUGUCCCCCGUGUCCCCCCGGUGUCCCCCGGCCAUGUGACCCUGAUGACACGCACACCCGGAGCCCCGCGGAGGAGGAGCGGGAGGAGCCGUGCCCACCCUGCCCCGCCUGCAGCCGUGAGUGGCACCGGGAGACCCCCGGGGUGGAGGGUUGGGGGGGUGGGAGGGACGCGGCCGCGGUGCCGGUUCCCGGGGGGACCCCCCCGGUGUCGGGGGACCCCCGUGUGACCCCCCCGGCUCCGGGGGACCCCCCCGAGCCGCCCCCCGGUGCCACCAUCCCGCUGUACUGCGCCCUCCUCGCCGCCGUCGUCGUGGGGCUCGUCGCCUACGUGGCCUUCAAGUGCUGGGACACGUGCAGGAAGAAGCGGCAGCUGGACAAGGCGCGGGACGCGGGGGAUGCGGGAAUGUCGCCGGACGGGGAGAAGCUCCGCGGGGACAGCGGGGUCUUCCUGGACACCCCCGGCCCGCAGGAGCCCCCCCAGCACGGUGGGGCCCCCCCCGAGGGGCCGCCCCCGCUCCCGGUGUCCCCGCGGCGGCAGGAGGAGCUGGAGCGGCUGCUGGAGCUGGGGGGGACAGCGGGGGAUGUCACCUCCGCCGUGUGACACCCCCGGCGCCGCUUCCAGACGGAUUCCUGGGGGGUUUAAGGGGCUUUUGUACUUUU